ACAGAAUACUUUAAAAGAAAAUUAGGAGUUCCACAUUUUAUAUUUCAGAAAAAUGAAUUCAUCGCACGUGUGCCCACGCCUCCUUGUGUCUAAGUUUAAGUCACAUUUACUACUACUGUCCCAUUUUCAGAAAAUGAAACCACGAUUAACGCCACACAAUUUCUACUCUUGGUAUAACAGCUCUCAUAAUUUAUUACUUAAGCACAGACAUUCAGCUUUCUCCAGUUUUUGUACCUUGCGAACAUUUUCUUCAUCCUCUAAAGCAUUUUUAUUCUGGAAAGAGACGAGUAAUUUGACACCUAGCUUUCAAAAAGUAAAAACUACAAGUAACCAUGAUGGUAAAACACUGGUUGAUAGAUAUAUAUUUGUGAAAACUUUGGAUCAUUUUUAUGAAGAUGUGCCGAAUGGGAUUAUUUUAGACACUGCUUAUGCAGACUCACGACCCGGAGAAGACUUUGACAAAAAUUCACCUGUAAUUUUAGGACUUCAUGAUACGCCAGGUAGUCACCAUGACCUGCUACCUAUUCUAGGAACAUUUGCUAAAUUAGGAUGUCGAACAGUUGCCCCAACAUUUCCAGGUAAGCUUUUCAAUCUUUUGCAUACAAAAAAAAUAGGAAACCUCAAUAAACAUUUUAAGUACUCUAUUAUUCUUGCUUUUUAAGGACUUUUCAAAAAUAAUUUUCUUGUUCAGUAACUAUUGGCAACAUGGAUUACUUUUGUGUACUAAACCAGGACAGCAAUGACAUUUUUCUCCAAGGGAAACCAACAAUAAUAUUAAACUUGUGAUGAUAAAAAUUGUUGCUGUGUCCCCUGCUAAAACAAAUCCCUUUAACCUUGAUGCCUUCAUAACAGACGUGUAUUCAGCAAAGUCUAUUUAAACAUAAAUAAAUCUAUCUACACGUCUCAAGGUCAUGGUGACACUCAAGGCUUAAUGCCAGGGUUUGAUGAUAUUUUUAGCCAUUCAACAAGUGAAAGAUCCCAGUUUGUUCAUAACUUUUUGGCUGAUCUAGGCAUUGAACGGUGAGAAUCCUUGAUCAUCUAUUCAAAUUUAGUUUUAUAAUUUGUGUUAAAGUUUAACUACUUUAUUAAAAUUUUCAUUGUUAUUUUUCAAUACCAUUCUUAAAUCAAUUAGUAAAUAUUUUUAGGAAGACUAAAGAAAAUUAUUUUUUUUAACUGAAAUAAAAAUUAUUUAUAAUAUUUCUUGAUAUCUUUUUAUUAACAAAAUUGUUUUUGGAAUUAAUAACUUUCAACUGAUUGAAGUGAUUGCAUACAAAGACCAAAGCUGCAAUAAUUAUGAGAGUCAUAAUGUUGGGUUUUGUAAUCGCAAGGUAUUUAUACAUUUAUUUCCGCAGGGUUGACAUAAUCAUUGCGCUCGGUGCUGCCUGCUACCCAGCCAUGCGUUUGUGUGCUGGCGGAGAUACAAAUGAUUUUUAUAGAUCUAUGGCUCUGAUCUCCCCAUGGCCAUUAAAGAGAUCAAGGUUUGUUAUUAUAUUUCACUCCAAUAUUUCAGAUAUCUGAAAACACUCAUGUCAUCUAUACUAAAAUUGCAAGAAAACAUUUUGGUUUUGAGUCUUACCUUAACUUCCACCUCUCCACUGCAAUGAAUUGCCCCCCUUUGAAGUUAAACAAGGGAAACAAGGGAAACUGGCAGUGGUUGAGUCUUUGGUUUAUAUAACCAGACAGGUGACAACCAGCAAUGACAACAGAUGUUAUUAGUACCCUGUUGCCAUCCAAGCUCGGUGUUGGUCAGUGUUAUAUGGUUGCACUAAUUAUUUCCCAACUGGUCAAGAAUCAAAUUUUUAUGUUUGUCUGGAGCUGAUCAUAAUGGUCUUAAUUUUGGUUAUCUAAACAACCAUCGCUCAUCUUACUUUUCAACUUUGUUUUUUACCAGCUUAGAUUAGACUCUUGCGUAUUUUAAUAUAUAUUUUGGAAAUAUUUCUUUUAAGCAGUGAUGUCGAUCAUGAAGUCAUCUCUUGAAGAAUUCGGGGAAUGAGCUUCAUUUAGCUGUAGUGAGUGAAAUAGCAACUCAAUGUUUUAGAGAUGAACAAUGAUGGGAGUCUUAAAAUUGAAACAAAUUUAUCUCAUCAAUGCGGAGUGUUCCCUUCACUUUGAAUUAUUGACCCCCACAACCCCCCACAACCCCCCACCCCCCCUCCCCCUUUAAAUUUUUGUCCCCCUCGUGUGAUUUUUGUCAGAUCCACCUAUUGCCUUUAAGAUUAGAAAAUAGUGAAACAAGGCUAUGUUUUAGGCUUGAAAUGGUCAGACAGGACCAUUAAUAGGAUUUUUCAACUAGUUGCUUUCUUCAGCAGACAAUACAAAGCAAGAAACAAUAGAUCAUGAGUAAUCGAAAACUUAUGUGCUCGACAAUCUCAAUAAUGUCACUGUAGCUCAAGCCACCCUUCCACUCCAAUCACUUGAUUUAUUUAAAAUUAAAAUAUAAUUUGUUUUUUCAUGAACUGUUAUUCAUAAAAUAUGGUUUUUAAAUUUCACAUAGAUAUGAAGCACAUGUUGACCUAUCAAAGAAAAUUCAGUUUUUAUGGGACCGGCCUUUUCUACGCCCCCCAGCCAAACUACUCCUGCCGGUGUGCAAGGUGGGAAAUGUAAAAAACACCAGAGAUAAAGUCACCACCGCAUACCUGUUGAACAACCUUGACCUUAAUGAGGUACGUAGUAGACAUUGUUAUGUCGAUUAGUAAGUUGUAAUACUUGAUCACUUUGCUAAGGCCUGCGAUAACUACAACCUUGCUAUCAAUACGAACAAAACAGAUCUUGCACCAGCCAGCUCCAGAGAAAGCUUACAAAGAACCUAAAACAUCAGUGAAGGGACAAAAUCUCCAAGCAGUAGAAAAAUUAACAUAUUUAGGAGGCCCCACUCUCUCACUAAGCUGAAGGUAUAUAGGGCAGUUGUAUUGAUAUCACUCCCAUAUGCAAGCAAGAUGUGGACAGGAGACAGCUAAACCAUACCCACAGUGCAAUGUCUAGGUAAACUUCUUGGUAAAAGAUGGCAGGACAGAGGUCCUACACUGGGCCAAUUGUAUCAGCAUUCACCCAUUCCUACAAAAUGGACAAGCCAGAUGGGCAGGGCAUGUCCCGAGAAUGCCAGACAGCAGGCUUCCCAAACUAAUAAUCUUCGGUGAACCCUCCAGAGGAAAACGCUCAGUUGGUGGGCAGAGAAAACGCUUUCAAGGACUGUCUAAAAGUUUCACUUAAAUCCAUGGAUAUUGACCUUGAUUUGUGGGAGGAACUUGCCAUGGACCAUACAAGCUGUCAUGGCAGACUCACUGUCAGAGCAAAAUCCUCAGAGAAAAGUGCACCAUUCACACCGAAAGAAAGCGCACAAGAAAAAGCAGAAUUGACUCAAAUCCUAAUAGGACCCAUAACAAUCUAUGUCCCAUGUAUGGGAAAACUUUCCGGGCACAAAUAGGACUGGCAGGCCACCUGCGUACUCACUGUGUAAUAUAGCCUUGGUCAUCUUCACAUGCGAAGGAUGAACAACAACAGGUUAGUGUGUUGUACCAUCAAGAGGUACAGUAGUAGACAUAGUAUAGAUCAGUGAGUUGUACCAUUAGAGGUACAGUACUAGACAUUAUUGGGUAGAUCAUUGAGUUGUACCAUCAUGAGGUACAGUACUAGACAUUAUUGGGUAGAUCAUUGAGUUGUACCAUCAUGAGGUACAGUACUAGACAUUAUUGGGUAGAUCAUUGAGUUGUACCAUCAUGAGGUACAGUACUAGACAUUAUUGGGUAGAUCAUUGAGUUGUACCCUCAUGAGGUACAGUACUAGACAUUAUUGGGUAGAUUAUUGAGUUGUACCCUCAUGAGGUACAGUACUAGAUAUUAUUGGGUCGAUCAUUGAGUUGUACCAUCAAGAAGUACAGUAGACAUUAUUGGGUCGAUCAUUGAGUUGUACCAUCAUGAGGUACAGUAGACAUUGGGUAGAUCAUUAAGUUGUACCAUCAAGGGGUACAGUGACAUGGGUUUGUAUCUUAAUGAGGUGCAAUAGUACACUGGAAGCAAUUUUUAUCUUAAAAUAUAUAGAAUAUAAGCUGUUACAAUUAUACAAUUUCAAAAAGAACAGCUUGAUGUCCUGUAGCUUCUACUAAAGAAAGAGGGAAGUAUUUUUUUUUAAAAUUGCACCACAUUCUAUUAAUUUUUUUUAAAAUGUUAACAUUUCUUGUUCUUUUAAAUGAAUUGUUCUUACCCAUUAAUUUUCUUGACCUCAGGCAACAGGGUUGGCAUUGGCAGCUGGGAUAAUGAAUAUGCCACGCUUUGUUAUGUUCGGAGAACAGGACCAUGAUGUCGAGAAAGAAUUGUACUAUGACUUGGUGAACAAACUAGAGAUUCCCAGAGCAAAUGUUUCUAUGUUCGAGGGAAAACUUGGUAUGUUGCUAGAAGAGUUUAGGUUUUUUCUUUAUUGGGGAUGGGGGUGGUGUCAAAGCUCUAAAUAAAUUUAUUUCAAAAUUGAGUAGGGUGUGCAAACAUGGCCUAUUUAUAAUUUUGGGAAUACUGGUAUAUUUAAAUAAUUUUUUGCUGAUGUAAAUGUAAGGGCAACAUCUGUAAUAAAUUUCCACUCGUGACAAAUAUAAAAUUUUAAAUAUUUCCGAAAAAUUUUUUUUUGAAAUCUCACAUGAUAUAUCGGUAACAAAUAAGUUUUUCCUUUUUUUUACAGGAUCGCCAUUGCUUCCUGGUGCUCUGGUAUUUCCAGAAGGAGGCUAUGACCUACUUCAAAAGUACUCUGGAAUUAUAAGCAUUUGUCUUUUGGACCUUCUCAAACUUUUCUACCCCAAUAUACGAAUUUGAUACCUAUUUGUAAUAGUAGUUUGUCAUGAACAGUUUUUUUUGCGUGAUCAGACAAAAAUAUUCAUUACCCCAUGAUGGGUUCUAAUGUGGACAACUUAUUUUUUUUUAAAAUUUUCUUCAGAGAGAGACUUAUGAAGCAGUCUUGUCCUUAAAAUAAAUACAUUGCAAAAAACCAUC